AUGUCUCAACUUCCCGCACGCUUCCCAUGUUGGUGCCGAGCAGUGUACUCUUGGGGCGGAGAAACAACCCGAGAUUUGGGAUUUGUGGAGGGUGAUUUGAUUGAAUGCUUGAAUGCGGGCGACGGACAAUGGUGGAUGGGUCGGUUGCGCCGUGACAGGCGCGCGGUUGGACUGUUCCCAUCUAACUUUGUCGAACUUCUGAGUGAAGACUUUGUGCCCGUCAGCCGUGAUACCAGCCCUAUGGUGUUAGCGGGAUCCUCACCGAUCAACAAUCCCACAUCAGCCCCCAAAAAGCAAAAGACCGUAUGGCGGAAACCAUUCCAAGCACACAAGGAAGCCGUGUCACCAGCUUCAGUGGCUCGGCGCGCCACUGAAUCUAGUCCGGCCGCGCCCGCAAUCCCACAAACACCACCUCGGGAUGGAAGUGCGCCGAGGAGCACAAGGCCCUUGCGCACACAUGCUUCGGCAGUCAAGAACCAAGGCUCGGUAUCCCGGCCUCCAACAUCCUCAUCCCGGCCUUCUUCGCGUGGAGUUUCUCCCAGAACGCCGACAGAGCCUGAAAGAUCGCCAUCUACAAUAGUUCCUAGAGGGAGCAUCUCGUCCUCGCGACAUUCGUCCCGUGAGCCAUCUCCAUAUCAGGCGCAGGAGCGCCCGUCGUCCACAAUGAUGCCAAAGAGUAGCGUUUCGUCCUCGCGUGCUAUGUCCCGCGAGCCAUCUCCUUGCUCGCGCAAGAACAAUCUCCUGCCAUGA